AUGCUGGGUGAAGCAGAAGGCAUGCUUCUUUUUGUUGCCACUAGUGAGGCGGUGUUGGGAGUUUUAGGGAACAUAUUCAUUGCACUUGUGAACUGCACAGAGUAUUCCAAGAACAAGAAGCUCUCUAAGAUUGGCUUCAUUCUCACUGGCUUGGCAACUUCCAGGAUUUGUCUCAUAUGGAUAAUAACUUUUGACACAUAUACAAAGUUAUUCUCUAUACAUACACUUACCUAUUUCAACCUUUAUGAAUGCAUCAAUUACCUAUGGAUAAUUAUGAAUCACCUGAGUGUCUGGUUUGCCUCCAGCCUCAGCAUCUUCUAUUUCCUGAAGAUAGCAAAAUUUUCUCACUAUAUAUUUAUCUGGCUGAAGAGGAGAAAUGACAAUGUUUUUACUUUUCUGAUAGGAUGCCUGUUUGUCUCAUUGUUUAUUGCUAUUGCACAAUUUGUGAAGAUGGUUAAUGAUAUCAAAAUGCAAUACAGAAACAUCUCCAUGUAUGUUCACCUAGAGGAAAAUGAAUUACUUAUUAACCAUGUCUAUUUUCAAUUUGGAAUCCUUUUCUUCUUUAUGAUAGCUGUCAUUGCAAGUCUCCUGUUAAUAAUUUCUCUUUGGAGACACAACAAGCUGAUGAAAUUAAAUGGCUCAGGAUUUCGAGACCUCAACACAGAAGCUCAUAUGAAAGCCAUGAAAGUUUUAAUUUCUUUUAUCAUUCUCCUUAUCUUGUAUUUUGUAGGUUUGGUCUUAGAAGUAUUGUGCUUUAUUUGGCAAGAAGGCAAACUACUAAUAAUUUUUGGUGUGAUAAUUAUACUCAUGUAUCCAUGCUGCCAUUCUUUUAUUCUAAUUCUAGCAAACAACCAGCUGAAGAAAGUCUCUUUGAAGUUACUGAAGCAAUUAAAGUGCUAUGACAAAGAAGAACUCUGGGACACAUAA